AUGUCCUCGCCGCAGCCCUCACCAUCACCGGCGCUCUUACACAACACUGCAUCUGUCAUUCCAGAUCUCAAGGAUAGGAUUCCAAAGCUCGAGCCCCGCCGACGACGACCAGAAGCUGCAAACCCAACUCCCGUUCCCGAGACUCCCGCCCUUCCUUCGCCCCCCGAUACUUCCAGCUGGACUUUUGUCGUCCCCAGGAGGAGAAUCCUGUCCAAAGAGGACCACGAAACCUUUCUCGCCUCGCCUACGCAGAGCCUGAUUAAAGCAUGGAUAUUUGGGCUUGCCGAGAGUGUGGCUGACGUGCCUUGUUCGGCUGUUGAGAGCAAAGAUGUCGGCGACACGGUUAAGGCCAUCUUGAAUAUUCUGGGCGAAGCAGAGGAGCUUGUUGCCAAAUGCCCGCCCGAUGAACAAGGCGGUUCUCGAUUCGGAAACAAAGCUUUCCGAGGAUUCCUGGACCUCGUGUCUAAGAACUGUCCCAGGUGGCAUAACACCUUGGGUAUCGACAAGGAAGAGGCCGUUGCAGAAGUGUCAACCUAUCUUGAUCAAUCGUUUGGAAACCGUGUUCGCAUUGACUAUGGAUCCGGCCAUGAGCUCAACUUCAUGAUGUGGCUGCUCUGCUUAUAUCAGCUGGGUCUCCUGCAGAAGAACGACUUCAAGGCCGUGACCCUAACCGUUUUUUCAAAGUACUUGUCCUUGAUGCGCACAAUCCAAAUGACAUACUAUCUCGAACCUGCAGGCUCCCAUGGCGUGUGGGGACUCGAUGACUACCAGUUUCUUCCGUUUCUCUUUGGCGCAUCUCAGCUACUACAUCACCCGUACAUCACGCCACGGUCCAUCCACCAACAGCUGACGAUUGAGGAAUUCGGAAAAGACUACUUGUACCUCAGCCAAGUUGCCUUUGUCAACGAUACUAAGACGGUACGGGGGUUGCGGUGGCACAGCCCCAUGCUUGACGAUAUCUCAUCAGCCAAGUCAUGGUCCAAGAUUGACGGGGGAAUGCGUCGAAUGUUUGUGGCCGAGGUGCUGGGCAAGUUGCCGGUGAUGCAGCACUUCCUGUUCGGAUCGCUGAUACCGGCAGUGCAGGUGAUGAGUGAGGACGACACAGCCGAUGGUCACGCUGAUGGAGACGAUGGCCAAGUCACCCCCGAUGCGGCUGGCCACUCAGACCACGCCCACGAUGGUACUGGCUGGGGUGAUUGCUGCGGCAUCCGAGUACCCAGCAGCAUCGCAGCUGCACAGGAGAUGAAAAAAGGAGCAAAAGGCGACAAUCUGCGGCGCAUUCCCUUUGACUGA